AUAUCAAAGCUCUAUUAGAAAAAUAUUCGCGAGCAAUUUUUAUUAUACGCUCCUUCGAUAUCGCGUAUCGGGAUUUCUACAAUAGGCAGGUAAAAGUCGAAGGCGAUGCACUUGCAGCACCUAUAAAGGUUUGUUGUGUAUAUAUGCGGCAACGAAACAUAUAGAUAUACAGGCCAGCACUGCCUCGAGAGUCUCUCGAGUGUGUGAUAUGUUAUGUAGUGCGAAACAUAUAUAAGUAUAUAGCAGAGAGUAGUCUGGUAUGUAACGUGCAGAGUUGGUGUAUGUAUGCUGCUGCUGCUUCUGCACAGACCGAUAGACAACGAUGGCAAUCUAAUUAGCUGACGUCUGUAUCAAAGAGGCUCGGUGGUAUACACUUCGUUCGGUGCGUGUGCGGGGAUCUUCGGAUCGUGUGGUGCUGCAGCCUAUACCUACAGAAGUGCAGAUUUCUACUGUCAAAAGUUUUACGACUCUGUGAUCCGGCGGCUGCUCGUCGUAUCGCGCGCGGGCCCACCCCGAUCGUAUAAUAAUAAAUAAUCAUGGCUCUACGCAAAGUCAAAGGCAAUUUCGAGCGGAUGUUCGACAAAAAUCUCACGGAUCUCGUUCGGGGCAUCAGGAACAACAAGGAGAACGAGGCAAAAUACAUAACACAAUGUAUGGAAGAAAUAAAACAAGAAUUAAGGCAAGACAACAUUGCAGUCAAAGCCAAUGCAGUAGCCAAGCUAACAUAUUUGCAAAUGCUUGGAUAUGACAUAAGUUGGGCUGGAUUCAAUAUUAUAGAAGUAAUGUCUUCUUCCAAAUUCACUUAUAAAAGAAUUGGAUAUUUGGCUGCCAGUCAAAGUUUUCACAUGGAAUCAGAGCUUUUAAUGUUGACUACAAAUAUGAUUCGUAAAGAUUUGAAUAGUUCUAAUCAGUAUGAUGCUGGUUUAGCGUUAAGUGGUUUAGCUUGUUUUGUUAAUCAAGACUUGGCCAGAGAUUUAGUGAAUGACAUUAUGACUCUAUUAACUUCCACAAAGCCUUACUUGAGAAAAAAGGCUGUUUUAAUGAUGUAUAAAGUGUUCCUUCGGUUCCCAGAAGCUCUAAGGCCUGCAUUUCCAAGACUUAAAGAAAAAUUAGAAGAUCCUGAUAGUGGAGUACAAUCAGCUGCAGUGAACGUAGUUUGUGAAUUAGCAAGAAAGAAUCCAAAAAAUUAUUUAAGCUUGGCGCCAGUGUUUUUCAAAUUAAUGACUACAUCUACAAAUAAUUGGAUGCUUAUAAAAAUAAUCAAAUUGUUUGGCGCAUUGACACCACUAGAACCUAGGCUUGGCAAAAAAUUGAUAGAACCGCUAACAAAUUUAAUACACAGCACAUCUGCAAUGUCUCUUUUGUAUGAAUGUAUUAAUACUGUUAUUGCUGUACUGAUAUCUAUUUCAUCUGGAAUGCCCAAUCAUUCUGAUUCUAUUCAGUUGUGUGUACAAAAAUUAAGAAUACUUAUAGAAGACUCAGAUCAAAACCUGAAGUAUUUGGGAUUACUGGCAAUGUCAAAGAUCCUAAAAACUCAUCCUAAAAGUGUGCAGGCACAUAAAGAUCUAAUUAUGCAAUGUUUAGAUGACAAAGAUGAAAGUAUUAGAUUAAGAGCUUUAGAUCUAUUGUAUGGAAUGGUUUCUAAGAAAAAUUUGAUGGAAAUUGUAAAAAAAUUAAUGAUGCAUAUGGAUAAAGCUGAAGGUACUAUGUACCGUGAUGAAUUAUUGUCAAAAAUAAUUCAAAUAUGUUCACAAAAUAAUUAUCAGUUUAUUACUUACUUUGAAUGGUACAUAUCAGUUUUGGUCGAAUUGACGCAAAUGGAGGGUACAAAACACGGUCAACUUAUAGCUACCCAACUGCUUGAUGUAACUAUUCGAGUUCGAGCCAUUCGAAAGUAUGCGGUUCAACAGUGUUCAUUAUUGCUCGAAAAUGCGUGUCUUUUAUCAGGCCAACCGAGAGCUUCGAUGUCAGAAGUUCUUUACGCAGCUGCGUGGAUUUGUGGAGAAUUCUCCAGUGAGUUAGAUGAUCCAACAGCAACGUUGCAGUCUAUGCUGCGACCACAAGUAUCGAAUUUACCUGGUCACAUACAAUCAGUUUAUGUUCAUAAUAUUUUGAAAUUAAUAAUAGCAAUCCUGAACAAAAAUGAAAAUGACGACGAGUUCAUGAUUAGCGAGAUUACCGAUUUUAAAGAAAAAUUAAUUACGUUCGUAAGUAGUAGUGAUUUAGAAGUCCAAGAAAGAGCAAGCUCUGCCGUAGCUUUAUUAGAUUGUCUUAUAGAAACUCCCAGCUUAAUAAAAGAAGUUUAUCAAGCAUUUGAUGGUGAAUUGAAUCCAGUUGCUCCAAAAGCACAAAGAAAAGUGCCAAUUCCUGAGGACUUAGAUCUAGAUUCAUGGAUUAACGAUCCUCCAUCUGAAAGUUCAGAUUCAGAAGAUGUUGAUAUGAAUGAUAUUUUUGUUAAAUCGGAUAAAGUAAACGAGAAUAAUCACAGUAAACGUCCGUCGUACGAACCUACAAUGGAAGAAUUAGAAAAAAUGAGAGAAGCAAGAAAAAUAGAACAGCAAAAUAAUCCUCAUUAUCUGAAAAACUCAGCUUCAUCACAAAAUAAAAUCAAAUACAACGAUGAUGGAAAUAACGUCGAGGAUUAUGAAAAUAUUCCAAUCACUGAAUUGGAUAUUCCAAUUUCUCUAAAAAUAUCUGAUAAGUUUUACAAUAUGAGUGAACGGAAACUGCGAAAAAAGAAUAAAAAGAAGAAAUCUAAAAAAAGUAAAAAAUCGAGUAGCUCUGAAGAUGAGAGCGCUUAUCCCGUCCAAGUUGUCAAUACAGGAGUUGGAGAACUUCCACCUGGUGCUGCUUUGAGUGAAUCUGACGAAGACGAAACUAAAGAUGUAAAUGAUCCACAUCGAGCUCUCAACAUUGACCUCGAUGUUCCACUACGCGACGAUGAACGUCUGCCUGUUCCCGAAUAUCGGUCACCUGAAGUUCCAACCAUACCAGAGCUUAAGAAAAAAACGGAAAAGAAUCGAAAAAAAGACAAGAAAAAAUCUCCCAAAGAAAAUUCGAAAGAAAGCAAAAAAAGAACUGAAAAGAAAAAUAAUCAAAAUGUAGAUUUAUUAAACGUGAGUGAUUUGAAAAUAGAAGAUGAGACGGAAACCGUUGUAAUUAAAGAUGAAAACCCAUCUGAUAAUAAAAAAUUAAAGAGUAAAAAAGAAAAAAGUAGCAAAACUAAAGGAGAUAAAAUUAACGAUGAAAAAUUAAAGAAAAAAACAAAAAAAAGUAAAAUCAAAAAAACCUUAGACAAUCAAGACUAUGAAGAAACUGCCGGAAUAUCGACGCCGUCGAAAGAAGUUUUGCCAAGUAGAGAUUUAGACUUUUCUAUAGAGACUCGCAACUCUAAUGGGUCGCCAACUACCCAAAAAGAGUUGGCUCAUAAUAAGACUAUAAAAAUGUUUUAUGAAAUUAAACACUUGGAUCAAGAUACAAAUAAAAUCAUACUACUAAUUUCUUUUAUAAAUAGAACAAAUAAUUUAAUUAAAGAACUAGUCUUCAACGUUUUGGAUUCAACAACUUUACAAAUGGAACGAAGGGUAAAAGAUGAAGAUGGUGUUAAAAUGAACUUUUUACUGCCGCCAUCAGGCUGUAAUGAAGCGCAUGUUGCUAUUUUAGUAACCGAUGUGACUUUUGCCCAAAAACUUCGUGGUACUCUUAUAUAUAUGGUCCAAGAUCAAAAUUCAACUACUCAGGAAAAAUUAGAUUUUACAUUGCGUUUGCCAUGCAGUAGUUUUAUAAUUGGUAGAAUCUCACACAAUGAAAUUCUAACAGAAUUAUUGACUAGUGGUCAGCUUGUUCACAAGUCAAGAAGUGAAGUUGCUGCUUGCAAAGAUUUCGAGCAUACGCUUCAACGAAUUUGCAGCGCCUGCAAUCUUACCCUUGUUGAGCACAUUCAAGAUUCCGCUUCGGUUUAUGGACAAUCGUUGAAGGGUCACCACAUCUGCCUUUUGAUCAAAAGAAACCCUGCUACAAACACUUUACUAAUUGAGGGUAAAAGUGAUAAUAACUCGCUUUUGACAGAAAUCAACAAUGAGAUAGUACAGAUGUUGACAUGAACACUUUAAACCAGAAAUUAAUGUUUUGUUACAGUUUUAUUAUUCCUGAAGUUUUGAAAAACUUUAAGGUCGAUAAUAAUUACUGAGAUAUUUUUUCUGUAAAAUAAACAAAUUUUUAAAGAAAUACUAUACUAAUAUACCGUACAUAAUUUAUUUAAGACAACUAAACUGAUUUAAGAAAAAUGUGUAUAUUAUAGUGUUACAUUACUAUUUAGUAUUUGUUGAAUACGAGUAUUUCUCCAUGAUGAAUCUUUGUUAAGUUCUAUUCCAUAAUGCUACGCUGUUUAGUUGUCUGUGUAGUAUAAAUACUAAUUGUUAAUACAUUUUUGAAAUGAAAAUAUUAUUUUUCCGAAGACUUUCAUUGAAGAGCGUUUUAUAAACGUAAUUAUUGAAGGGAACAUUUUAAAUUUGUUUAAUAAUCUAAUCAAUUUAAAAACAAUUUAAAAGAAAAUAAAUUUUUUAAAAAGUAUAUAUGCUGUGCUGUAUACAUAAUGAUGAAUUGUCAAAAUUAGGAAAAUGUCUUGAUUUAUAAGAUUUGUUUUUUUUUAUAAUUUAUAUAUUAUUAUAUGUACUAAUUAUUUCAGUUG